AAAGUCAUGAAAUAAAAAAGCAGAUCUCUUCUGAUUUUUGCAAUGAAAGUGAAACACAGUGUGGGCGAGCUCAAAGUCCACACACAGCGCAGAAUGAAGAUGAGAGACGCCGUGCUAUGCGUAAUGAUCGCACUCUUCUCUUCUCUCUCACAUGCUUCCGCUGAUUCCAUCCAUGGCUGCGGUGGCUUCGUCGAGGCUAGUAGGUAUAUGAUGAAUUCGAGGAAGCCGAAUGAUGCGAAAAUGGAUUAUUCUCACAUUUCGGUCGAGCUUCAAACGGUGGAUGGAUUGGUAAAGGACAGAACUCAGUGUGCCCCUAAUGGCUACUACUUUAUUCCAGUAUAUGACAAGGGUUCUUUUGUGAUUAAGAUUAAUGGACCAGAAGGAUGGGCAUGGGACCCAGAGAAGGUUCCUGUUGUUGUUGACGAUACUGGUUGCAAUAGCAAUGAAGAUAUAAAUUUCCGUUUCACAGGGUUCACCGUCUCUGGUAGGGUGGUGGGAGCUGUUGGUGGUGAGAGCUGUUCUAAUAAAAAUGGAGGUCCUUCAAAUGUAAAUGUUGAACUUUUGUCUCCUAGUGGUGAUCUCAUCUCUUCUGUAUCAACAUCAUCAGUGGGGAGUUACUUGUUUACAAAUAUUCUUCCAGGGAAAUACAAAUUGCGUGCUUCGCAUCCUGACCUGAAAGUUGAAGUUAGAGGUUCCGCGGAGGUGGAACUGGGGUUUGGAAAUGGACUAGUUGAAGACAUUUUCUUUGUCCCUGGUUAUGAUGUCCGAGGGUUUGUUGUUGCUCAGGGAAAUCCAAUCUUGGGAGUUUAUAUUUAUUUAUACUCGGAUGAUGUCUUAGAGGUAGAUUGUCCCCAAGGUUCUGCUAAUGUCCUAGGAUCGAGAAAGGCUCUCUGUCAUGUUGUAUCUGAUGCUGAUGGAUUGUUCACGUUUAAAUCAAUACCUUGUGGAAGUUACGAGCUCAUACCUUACUACAAGGGUGAAAACACAGUAUUUGAUGUUUCACCUACCGUUGUGUCAGUGUCUGUUGAGCAUCAACAUGUGACCAUUCCUCAAAAGUUUCAGGUCACUGGAUUUUCUGUUGGAGGCCGUGUAGUUGAUGGAAAUGACAUGGGAGUGGACUGUGUCAAAAUUAUAGUUGAUGGUCAUGAAAGGUCAAUCACUGACAAACAAGGGUAUUACAAACUUGACCAGGUUACGUCUAAUCGCUAUACAAUAGAGGCCAUAAAGGAGCAUUACAAGUUCAACAUAUUGAAGGAUUAUAUGGUGUUACCAAACAUGGCUUCAAUUGCAGAUAUGAAAGCAGUUUCCUAUGAUGUCUGUGGUGUGGUUAGGAUGGUUAGUGCUGGUUACAAGGCAAAGGUAGCUUUGACUCAUGGACCAGAGAAUGUUAAACCCCAAGUGAAACUGACAGAUGGAAGUGGAAAUUUCUGCUUUGAGGUUCCACCAGGUGAAUAUCGCUUAUCUUCUAUGGCAGCGACACCUGAGAGUGCUCCUGGACUCAUGUUUUUGCCAUCUUAUGUUGAUGUUAUGGUCAAAAGUCCAUUGUUGGAUGUUGAAUUUUCUCAGGCACUGGUCAAUGUACUUGGAACUGUAGCCUGCAAGGAGAAAUGUGGCCCAUCAGUUUCUGUUACCCUUUUGAGAUUGGCUGGUAAACGCACUGAAGAGAGAAAGACAGAUAGUUUGACAGAUAGCAGUAGUGAAUUUCUCUUUUCAAAAGUCAUCCCUGGAAAAUACAGGCUUGAGGUCAAGCAUAACUCUGCAGAAGCACUGUCUAGGGAAGAUAAUUGGUGCUGGGAGCAGAGCUCCAUUGAUUUGGAUGUUGGUGCUGAGGAUGUAAACGGAAUUGUAUUUGUUCAGAAAGGUUUCUGGGUUAAGGUUAUCUCCACCCAUGAUGUAGAUGCUUACAUGACUCAAGCAGAUGGAUCAACGGUAAACUUGAAAAUUAAGAAAGGUUCCCAGCAGAUAUGUGUAGAAUCCCCUGGAUUGCAUGAACUUCAUUUUGUUAACUCAUGUAUUUUCUUUGGGAGCUCAUCAAUGAAGAUCGAUACAUUGAAUCCAUCGCCUGUCUUUCUAAAAGGAGAAAAGUAUCUACUUAAAGGACAAAUCAAUGUUGAGUCUGGGACACUUGAUGGUGAAUAUGAAUUACCUGAGAGUAUUGUUGUGGACAUUCUGAAUGGUGGGGGCGAGGUCAUUGAUGGUACCACAGCUAAACUUAGUUCCAUUGAGAAGGAUCAAACAAGUGCUGCCAUUUAUGAGUAUUCUGUAUGGGUUAAUCCUGGAGACAAACUCACUGUUCUUCCUCGGGACUCAAGGGAUAAUGGGGUGAAGAAGAUCUUGUUUUAUCCUAGACAACGUCAUGUCUUGGUGACAAGUGAUGGUUGUCAAGCUCCUGUUCCUGCAUUUUCUGCUCGACUGGGCUUAUAUAUUGAAGGAUCAGUGUCUCCCCCACUUUCUGGUGUUCAUGUUAGGAUUCUUGCUGCUGGAGAUAGCCACAUUGCUGCUCUCAAGAGUGGUGAAUCAGUACUUGAAACUACCACAGAGAUUGAUGGUUCCUUCAUUGGGGGGCCUCUAUAUGAUGACAUAACUUACAGCGUUGAGGCUUCAAAGCCUGGCUAUCAUCUAAAACGGGUUGGACCUCAUUCCUUUUCUUGUCAGAAGCUUGGUCAAAUUUCUGUACACAUAUAUUCUGAAGAUGAUGCUAAAGAACCUAUUCCUUCUGUGCUGCUAUCAUUGAGUGGCGAUGAGGGUUAUAGGAAUAAUUCAGUAUCUGGGACUGGUGGAACCUUCCUUUUUGAUAACUUAUUCCCUGGAACUUUCUACCUGCGUGCUCUGCUGAAGGAGUAUGCUUUCUUGCCUCCUGCUCAGACAAUAGAACUUGGUUCUGGGGAGUCUAGAGAAGUCAUUUUUCAGGCCACCCGUGUUGCUUACAGUGCCAUGGGUGUGAUCACUUUGCUGUCUGGCCAACCAAAAGAAGGUGUUUCAGUUGAAGCUCGAUCUGAGUCAAAAGGUUACUAUGAGGAGACAGUGACAGAUUCAUCUGGAAGUUAUCGUCUGAGAGGACUUCAUCCUGACACUACAUAUGUAAUCAAAGUAGUGAAAAGGGAUGGUCUGGGUAGCCCUAAAAUUGAGCGUGCAUCUCCAGAAUCCAUUGCUGUUAAGGUUGGAUCUGAGGAUAUCAGGAGAUUAGAUUUUCUGGUCUUUGAACAGCCAGAAAUGACCAUUUUAAGUUGUCAUAUUGAAGGAAAGAGAAUAGAGGAACCAAAUUCACAUCUAAUGGUGGAAAUAAAGUCAGCUACUGACAUGUCUAAGGGGUCUGUCUAUGAUCUGCCACCUUCUAACUUCUUCCAGGUGAAAGACUUGCCAAGGGGAAAGCACAUACUGCAGCUACGAUCUAGUCUCCCAUCAAGCACCCACAAAUUUGAGUCUGAGAUUAUUGAAGUUGACUUGGAGAAGAAUACCCAAAUUCAUGUUGGCCCACUCAGAUACAAAGUUGAAGAAAAUCACCAUAAGCAGGAGUUGACUGCAGCACCAGUCUUUCCUCUUGUUGUUGGGGUUUCAGUGGUUGCCUUGGUUAUCAGUAUGCCAAGAUUAAAGGAAUUAUAUCAAUCCACGGUGGAUAUACCAACUCCAGGAUUCACCACAACUGUGAAGAAGGAACCACGAAAGCCAAUUUUGAGAAAGAAGACAUAUUGAAUACACUUUCUGUGCCUAUACAAGACAGGCAAUUUUUGUAGUAAAUCUAAUUUUCUGUUUCAAUUUUGAACACGGGCUAACCUGGGGGAGAGGAUUAGUGUUUUCUAUAAUAGUAAGUAGAGUAGUUUCUUUUUAAACUCUUAAGGUCAAAUCUGAUUAAAUGUGGAAUUACUGGGUUCAUUCAUCUUUGAUGGUUAUUCAUAUUCUCACGUCUAGAUUCCUGAUUGAUUGUGCAUCAAAACUUUGACACUUGUUAAGGCCCUGGUAUUGUAUCAUACAAUUUAGCAAUUUGUGACAAGUGGUAAACUCAGAUAUUUGAUUUGCAAUUUGUGGAAUUCAAAGCAUUUCUGUGCUGUGAUCCGUA